AUGGUCUCAGAAAAAGAUAUUAUAUGGAACCCUAUAGUUCCUCUCUCAGAACUUAAUCAAGAUGAUACAAUAAAUGAAAAUAAUACUACUAAAAAUAAUAAAAAUCCAAAACCUAGCGAUACUUAUAUUCAUCUAGAUCCAAUACCAGAUUUUCAGGAUACCUCUGAAGUCAAGCCCUGGUUACAAAAAAUUUUCUAUCCACAAGGUGUGGAGCUCGUUAUCGAAAGAUCGGAUAAUACAAAAGUUGUCUUCAAAUGUAAAGCUGCAAAAAGAGGCAAAGGUUCAAGAUUACCAUCUAAAACAACAACAACUACUAAUAAUAAUAACAAUGAUGAUGAAAAUGAUGAAAAUAGCGAAAAUAAAGAGACUAAUAGCAACGACGAUAAAAAUAGUAAUGUUAUAAAUGAUGGAUAUUUAGAUAAACCAAAGAAAAAGAGAGUAGUAUCGAGAUUUAAUACCUGUCCAUUCCGUAUAAGAGCAACUUAUUCAAUGAAAAGAGGAAAAUGGAAUAUCGUAAUAUUAAACAAUAAACAUUCUCAUGAUUUAUCGUUCAAUCCCGAUUCAAUAGAGUAUAAGAAAUUUAAAGAAAGAUUAAGAUUAAAUAAUGAUGUCGAAGCAAUAAAAAAAUUCGAUGAAUUGGAAUAUAAAGUACGAUCAAAUCUACCUCUGAGCCCUUCGUUAGUGGUUUGUGAUUGUGGGUUAACAAGUGAAAUUCAAUCAUUCGAUGUGGUUUUACCAACAAAUGACUCUUUAAAUACAAAUAUCGUCGAUCUAUCAAAUAAAAAUUUAGAAACAAAUUUCAACCAACAGUCUGUAAAUGUUAAAAAACCAAAAAAAUUGAAAAAUGUAAAGUCAAAAGCAACUAACUUGAAUAUACAUCAAGAAAAUUUGUUGAAAAAGACCACUACCCAAAAUUUUUUAACUAAUCGCAAUGCAAAUUCUCACCCUCAGCCAAUUCCCUCAUCUUCACCAAUAACUUCAAAUAAUAUUCAUUCAAAUAUGCAUUCCUAUAAUCAUAGUCAUAGUCAUAGUCAUAGUCAUAGUCAUUCACAUACUCAUAUGAAUGGUCAUACUCAUACCCAUAAUCACACAACACCUCCAGUUGAAUCUCUAGAUUUGUUGCAGCCAGAUACUUUCAAUUCAUUGACUUUCUCAAAGUUAACCACUGAUUUAGAUGAAAUCGAUUUCACUGAUAUAUUCAACAAGCCUCUAUAUAAUAAAAAUCACAAUCAUCAUCAUCACCACCAUCAUCAUCAUAAUUUUGAGGAUAAUAACAACUAUAAUGAGUAUAAUGAUAAUGAUAUAAACUCCCAUUCAUCUUUAUAUUCACCAAUUACCAAUGGAGGAACUCCUAAGAUGUUGGAAAGUGAUACAAUUUCACCAAACCCAGACUUAUUUCCUUCUCAAUACGAAUUACAGCAUAAUUACAGUUAUUCAAAUAACCAAAUUUCAUCACCUUUAAAAGAUUCACCAUCACAUUAUUCAAAUAUGGAUUUUACCCAUUCUUAUCUUUCCACAAAUAAUAACUACAAGAAAUAUUCAAUUACAUUAUGUGAAAAUAAUAACAGUAAUAUUUGUUAUAACGAUGAAUGUAUCAAACUACACGAUAUACAGCCGAUCAAGAAUGAGUUCAUAGGCACACAGUCGUUGAAUUCACUAAAUGAACAAGCUAAAGGUGAAUAUGAUCCAAUGCAUUUAAUUCAGAAAUUUAUGAAUACAUCUAACGAUGAUAAUGUCAUUAAAAGUGCAACCACCGGAAACGCGGUUUUAAUAAAAAAUGAGUUAGAUUUAACGUCUGUACCAUUGACAUUUGACAGUGAAGGUAAUCAUAUAACUUUAGAUAACAUUUCAUCUAGUCAACCUAAAAGGAAACAAAAUGAAUCGGGUAAUUCAAAUCUCUCUGAUCUUUCAACUCUAAUACCUAACAAUCAAGAAGCAUUCCCACAAGUUAUAAGUGAUAUAGACAUAACUAAUUACAAUUUUGAAAGUAUUAACACUACUAAUAAAGCCAUUAAUGGUAACACUAACACUUCAAUCCAAGAUGAUAAAGGCUCAUUAUCGCCCUCAAUUUGGGAGAACACAUUCGAUGAUAUUUUGUAA